AUGGAUACAGCAACUACGGAAAAUCUCGCUUCGAAGCGAAAGGUUAUUUAUGCGAAAGUGAAAUGGGAGUUAUCUGUCGCAGAGAACAUCCGCUGCCGGAAGCCGUCCGCUGCGGAAGUAUUGGAAAGGCGAAGUAAACUCACGGAACUUGCUAAUCAUUUCGACGUUAUUCAAACUGCGAUUGAAGAGGAAACGGCCCACUUGGAGGAUGUUGCAUCAGUUUUCAAUCAUCGGCUCCUGUUCGAUGAAGUGUACUUCCAGGUUAAGGAUAUUUAUACCCAGUAUCUAGAAGAGAAGCAGGAAAAUUCUUCGGUUCGGAGUUCCAAUUCAGAGGGAACAAGUGAUUUACGUGACGCAAUCAAAGCUCUAUUGGAGACGCAGCAGGCAGUUCUCGCACGGCAACCAGCUUUGGAAAUUCAAUCGGUGAAACAUGAACCACAUAUCAAUGUAAAGCUACCGCAGCUGAACAUUCCGGUAUUUAACGGUGAAAGGAAAAAUUGGCGUUCAUUCAAGGACUUGUUCGAAGGCAUGAUUCAUAAUCGCACUGAUCUGAAAGAGUCAGUUAAAAUGCAGUAUCUUUUCUCAUACAUUGACGGAGAGGCUAAAAGGAUGGUGAAUUCAUUUCCGAUUAGUGAUGCCAAUUAUCAUGAAGCUUGGGAGACAUUAAUUGCGCAUUACGACAAAAACAAAUAUACGGUGUUUGCACUCAUACGGGAAUUUCUGGAGCAACCUUCAGCAAGCAACACGAAUGGAUUGAAAAAACUAGUGAAUGUUUCUGAUGACGUCAUUCGUCAGCUCAAGGCGUUGGGCAAUGAAUACGAAACGCGUGAUCCGUGGCUCAUUCACCUGCUGCUGGAUAAGGUGGAUAAAGACACACGUUCGCUUUGGGCACAGAAAAUAAUCGACAUCGACAACCCCUCGUUUAUGGAUUUUUUUGACUUUCUGCAGAAGCGCUGUGAUGCAUUGGAAACCUGUUCGGCUUUUGUGAAAAAAACGUCGUUUGACAUCGUGAAGAAGGAGAACCCUAGAGCCAGUGGCAACGAAAGGAAACUUCAAGCUUUUCAUACUGCUGCUGCUGCUGCUACUCCGAUAUCUUGUGCAAAGUGUUCCAACGAUCACCCAGUGUACCAGUGUGAGUCUUUUAAGGCAAUGGACGUACCAGCACGUCGACAGCUUGCACUUUCUUCAAGGCUAUGUUACAACUGUUUGCGCCCGUCACACACGGCGAAACAUUGUACAUCGAAAUCAGUUUGUCAUAUCGCACAGUGUAAGCAACGGCACCAUACCUUGCUGUGCCGAAGAGACGUCAAGCGACCGGAGCAGCAGAAUGAUGCUGUUAUCGAACCAGAGGAGCAGAAUACUGAGGAGUCUUCAAUUUCGGCUAACGCGGCACAGGCAGUAAUUAGCAGUUCGGAACCGUCCACAUUUUCAUUGUUGCCGACGGUGGUAGCCAAUAUCAAGGGAGUGGAUGGCAAAUCAAACGAAGUGAGAAUUUUGAUUGAUUCGGGAUCUCAGGCAUCUCUUAUCACCGAGGCGUGUGUCAAACGUCUUGGACUGCAGCGGAUCAACGCUAAGGUGGAAGUUACUGGUGUCAACGGAGAAGUAGUCGGUACUACAGCCUGCAAGGUAUCGUUGAUAGUUUCAUCGCGAUUUGACGAUAGUGAUACAAUUACAACACAAGCAUACGUAUUAGGAAAGCUGACGGCAUCCCUGCCGUGCCAGCAAUUCAGCGCAUCGGAUAUGCCAUACUUGAAAGGUUUGCAACUUGCUGAUCCACGAUUCAACAAGUCGAGCACAGUGGAUGUCAUUUUGGGAGCAGAUGUCUUCCUGUCCAUACUUCGAUCGGGGCAGGUCAAGAAUCUUAACGGUAUUCCUGAAUUUGAUAUCGAUCGCACUCUACGGAUGUUUUGGGAAGACCAAGAGCUACGCAACAGCCAGCCUUUGACGGAGGAAGAGAAACGGGUAAUCAACCAUUUCGAAUCAACAUUCACACGUACGGAAGAAGGACGCUUUAUCGUUAAACUACCACUGGACGAUUCAAAGCAGAAGCUCGGUGAAUCUUUGACCGCUGCUGUCAAGCGCCUCAGAGCAAUGGAGCGCAGGUUUCAGAACGAUGAAAAUUUCAUGGUUAGGUACACAACGUUCAUGCAAGAGUACAUACGGCUGGGACAUAUGCAGUUAAUCCCAGAUUCGGAGAUAGCAGUCGACCAGUCAAGGUCCUGUUAUUUGCCUCACCACGGGGUCAUAAAGGAAGACAGUCUUACGACCAAAUUGCGAGUUGUAUUCGACGGAUCUUGUGUUACAUCUUCCGGAGUAUCACUCAACGAUUUGCUGCUGAGUGCGCCCAAUAUCAAUGCGGAUUUGUUUGAUGCUCUAUUGCGAUUCAGAUCGUACCCAAUUGUAUUUACGGCGGACGUCGAGAAGAUGUACCGUCAGGUAUUGGUGCAUCCUGACGAUACGGACUAUCAACGCAUUGUAUGGCGUGAUUCCCCGGACAUGCCGAUACAACAUUUUCGUUUGCUGACUGUAACAUACGGUCUGAAGAAUUCCGGAUUUUUGGCUAUGGCAGCAUUGAAAAAGGCAGCUGAAGUACACGAGAAGCAGUACCCAGAGGCAGUUGAGCGGAUCAAAAAGCACACCUACGUUGAUGAUCUGACUUCUGGAGCUGACUCUGCGCAAGAGGCGAUGGUGUUAAUCAAGCAGAUUAACGAGAUACUACAUAAUGCGGGCUUUAUUCUACGCAAAUGGAGCUCGAAUUCAGCAACGGUCCUCGACUCACUCUGUGACGUAAAUGUUAACGCUAAACCGAUCAAUUUGCCAGACGAACAGAAUUCGGUGAAAGCGCUUGGUAUACAUUGGUUGCCUGAGGAAGACGUUUUCACUCUCAAGGUAAACUUUCGAGUAGAUGGUCCUAACACAAAGCAUCAACUGCUGUCGGACACAGCACGACUGUUCGACCCGUUCGGAUGGUUCGCACCAGUCAUCAUUCGUGCAAAAAUUCUUUAUCAACAUUGUUGGCUAUACGAUUUGAACUGGCACGAUCCGUUGCCCCCGUGUAUCGAGGAUGCGUGGGUAGAAAUGAAACAAAACUUAUGGCAACUUGAACAGGUGAAAAUUCCAAGAUGGAUGGCAAACUUUCACGGUCGUAUUGAACUGCAUGGCUUCUCUGACGCCUCUGAAGAAGCUUACGCCGCAGUUGUGUAUAUGCGAUCAAUCGACGAAGAUGGUCGUAUUCAUGUCAGCUUAAUUGCAGCUAAAACAAAGGUAGCGCCGGUGAAACAGGUAACUAUACCUCGGCUUGAACUCAACGCUGCGGAACUUUUGGCGAAGUUGAUGAAGCAGGUAGCGGAACCGCUCGAACGCUUCCAGGUUCAGCAGUAUGCCUGGACAGAUUCGACGAUAGUCCUGCAAUGGCUUAGUAACCAUCCCCGUAAAUGGAACACGUAUGUAGGGAACAGAGCAUCGACUAUUCUGGAUAUUUUACCGCGACGACACUGGGGCCAUGUUUCAACACACGAAAAUCCUGCAGAUUGUGCGUCGCGAGGAAUAAACCCUUCGGAGUUAAUCGAUCAUCCGCUUUGGUGGUCUGGACCGCAUUGGCUAGCAGCAGAUUCCUCGUCGUGGAAGCGCAAUGUUCCACCGGAAGAUUUCGACGACGGCACACUCGAGGUACGUAAACGGUUUCAAACACUCAAUACGAUGAUUAAGCUUCCAGGCACCAGCUUCGAGAUUGAAAGGCAGAUUCUUGAACGCAAGUCUACUUUACAUGCCGCGUGUCGGCAACUAGCAUAUGUUAAUCGUUUCAUAACCAAUAUGAAGGCACAGCGAAGUAAGCAAUCCAAACUUUCCGGCACGAUCACACUAACCGAACUACAUGAAGCUAGACUACAAUACGCAAGGCUAGCGCAACAUGACGUUUACGCAAGAGAGAUGGAUAGCUUGAAGGGUGGUAGCGAGGUGUUUUGUAAAUCGAAGAUCAGCGACAUGUAUCCAUUUCUGGACAGUGACGGAACCAUGCGAGUUGGCGGUCGGUUGCAGCAUUCGGCUCGUCCAUUUCGCAUUAUGCAUCCCGUAAUUCUACCUAAGGAACAUCGCGUCACACGACUGUUAAUAGAGGAACUACACGUUCAGAACUGUCAUGCCGGCCCAUCGCUAUUGACUGCAACUAUAAACCAAUACUACUAUGUGAAGGGUUGCCAAGACGUGGUUAAGCAAGUGAUACGCAACUGUGUGAAAUGUUGCCGCUUGAAAGCGAAGACUGCUCAGCAGUUAAUGGGAAGUCUUCCAGCGGCACGUGUUACAGCAUAUCGUCCGUUCGCACACGUCGGAGUGGACUAUGCCGGUCCCAUUCUGAUACGCUGCAGUAACACUCGAGGAGAGCGAUCGAUGAAGGGUUAUAUCGUGGUCUUCGUCUGCUUAUCGACUAAGGCGGUGCACUUAGAAGCGGCAGGGGACCUUACGACAGCUACGUUCUUGGGAGCGUUGAAACGGAUGAUUGCACGACGCGGAUAUUGCAACGAGAUCUGGUCUGAUAACGGUACCAACCUGGUUGGAGCUGAUCGACAACUCAGAGAAACUUACACAGCCUUGAUGUCACACGGUAAGGAUGCUGAGCGCUUUCUCAGUAGCCUCGGUAUACAAUGGAGAUUCAUUUCGCCGUCCAGUCCUCACCAGGGUGGUAUUUGGGAAGCGGCGGUGAAAAGCGCCAAGGGCUUACUUCGACCAAUCGUUGGAAAUGAGAAGCUGACCUUCGAGGAGCUGACCACUGUGCUCUGUCAGAUCGAGGCUUGCCUGAAUUCCAGACCUCUCUGUCCGAUGUCAUCAUCACCCGAUAACUGCGAAGCCCUCACUCCGGGGCACUUCCUCGUAGGACAACCGUUAAACCUGUUACCCGAACCAGACGUCUCGCGAGUGCAAAUGAAUCGACUCGAUCAUUGGGAGAAGGUCCAACGAUACACAAUCGAGUUUUGGAACAGAUGGCGGAACGAGUACCUGGCAACGCUGCAGUCCAGGGGCAAAUGGCGAACCAGACAGGAGAACAUCAAACCGGGUCAGCUCGUCCUGGUGAAAAGCGACAACGUGCCGCCUUCGGCUUGGGAGUUGGCCAGGGUGUCAGCAGUGCAUCCGGAUCAACAGGGGUUAGUCCGCAUUGUUACGCUGCGUCGAGGCAAGACGGAAUACCAACGCCCGGUUCAGAAGUUGUGUCCACUUCCGGAUUGA